CUUCAAUGUGCUAACUAGAUCACAACAACUUCCAUAUUUCUUUAUACUUAAACAUGUUUUAUCUCGCGCCAUGAGGAGCUGAUCGUAUGCAGUUUAGAGGUCUGUAACUCUGGGUUGGAGAACAGCUGGGAUGGCCUCUAAACUAUUCGACAGACUUCGCCGUACAUUAUUCAAGGAAGGAGAGCUACCUUCUGAGACGGACGGAAAAGAUGACUUUCCAGAAAGUUCAGAACUUGAGGAUGAUACAGACUGCGUCUCGGCCAGGCUCAGUGGUACCCUGUGCUUUGAGGGCGAUGGGGUUCUUGAAUCAGAGGAUGCUGGCGAUGCAUCAGGACCAGACAGUGAUUCUGACUUUUUUGGGGAGUCUCUGGAUAAUGCCUGUAGUAGCACAGAUGCUAGCCCUAUGGGUCCUUCCCCAAAAGGCUCUAACAUGAUCACCAGACAACUACAAGAAAACUGGCGGGCCUCAAGAGCUCGCUGUAUUCCCGAAAAAGUCAUUUUUGAAGUGACUGACGCUAGUGUUGUUCAUGAGACAAAUUCCAAGUAUGUGCUUUACACCAUUCACGUCAUCCAUUCUGGCACGUUCGACAAAACUCCCGCAGUCAUCACGCGCCGCUACACCGACUUCGAACGGCUACACAGCCGCUUGCGUCGCCGUCACGGGGACGAGAUGGACGGCGUUUACUUCCCUCGCAAAAAGCUGCGCAAAAACUUUGUCGCCGAGACCAUUGCCAAGCGCAGCCGGGCCUUUGAGCAAUACUUGAGCCACCUGUACUCCCUUCCAGAACUACGGACCACACCCACAUUUGUUGAGUUCUUCUACCUGGGCGAUCUACGUGCUGGCCAGAUGCUGAUGCGCGUGGGCCGCUACCAAGAAUCCCUGGGUUCUCUUCUCAAUGCUCUGAGACUCCAGGAGAAGUUAGGAUGUCAUCAACUCCUCCAGCAAAACCAUUUCCAGAGGGUUCAUUGGUUCUUCACGCUCUCUGCUUUGGUCAGCUGCUUCCAGGAUGUAGAACAGCUUAGUGAGGCUCAGGAACACUGAGACCGAGCCCUGCAGGAUCUGGCGCCUUCCCAGGAGGCCUUGCAGCAACACCAGUUGCAUCCUCUGCUCAUCCCUCUUCUUCAGUGUAACGUUAGACUGUCCUGGAAGAUCUCAAAGGACAAGAGACGCUGGGAGGCUCUACUGCAGGAGAUUCAGGAGCAGGGGAUUGAUACUGGGAGUCAACCCAACUUAAAGGAGUGUUUAAUUAAAGAAAGCAUUGAGGACAGCGAGGGGGCGGUUAGGGCUAAGAGCAAAAGUGAAGAUGCCUCAUAGGCAUUCGGGUGUAGGAUGUUAGGGAUUGUUUUUUUUUACGUUACUGUUCGCAGUUAUGAUGUUUUUGAAAGCAAUAUGUAUGAUAGUGUGCGAAGAAAUCCUGUGGAAUUAAUACUAACUCAUAUAAUGCACAAGUUGCCUAGAACAAUCAUUUUAAAGGGCACAUGGGCACAUUUUAUCAUUUUCACUGGGUUUUGGUGAAACUCGCAAAACAUUUGGAACCACUUAGUAGAGUUACAAUAUAUUUGUGCCUUACGUUUGCCUUAAACAACACUCAGACAAUGCUUGUGACAGCAAUAAAAGUAGCCUCAAUUUUAACACCACUAAUAUCCAUUGCUUUAAAUAGCAUGUGUUGCCUUGAACCCUAUGCAGUCAGGGUGAGCAGAAAUGACUCUAAACUACAUUUAUGUUUACAUUCAGUUGCCUUUGACUCACUAGCAGUUAAGUGAACGAAAUAAAUCCUUUAAAGGCACAAAAUACAGCUAGACAUUUAUGCAUGUAACACUACACUUGCAGCUUUUUAGAACAGCUAUGUUUUUUAUGUAUGCACACGAUCGCUUUAUGUCAACAGACCAUUUCAAUGUAAUUUGGCCUUAUCAAAAUUGAUAUUUUAGAAUGCAUCAACCCAUCAGUAUUGCAUAUAUAUUUUAAAAUAUAAAGAUGGAAGAAAUCUUUUAAUUUUUAAACUUUUUGAUACAAAUAACAUUUUCCCUUCUGGUUUGCUUACUAAAUUUUAAAUGGGUUUUAUGUAUUUAUUUAUUUUUGUUGGAUAGAGUUGAAUCAUUAUAUAUUUUGGCACCAAGCCAUUUUCUCGUUUUUGACAAAUCUGCCCUUUUUUCAAAAGUAGAUUUAAUAAAUGCUUGCAGAUUUUUUAUUCAAAUUAUUGAAAAACACUUUUAUGCACUGAAUUUAGCUAAUUACCAAAAUUGCUGGUAAAUUCACAUUAGGUCAGUAUAGUAUUUACUAUCAAAUAUUUUGCACAGCACUUUGAACAUGUUCUGCUCUCCUUUUAAUUCCAGAGUAAACUCACAUUCAAGUGCAGAGAUGAUCAGGAUGGCAAUAGAGAGUACUGUAGGAUGUUCUUGUGUCUUAUUAUAAAAGGGAAAGCUGAGUAUUUGAGCAUGAAAUUAAAUAACUACAUGUACAUUUGAAUGUUUUAAUAUGAUACAAUAUUAAUAAAUGUCAUUUUAAAAACUGCUUCACAGAUUGACAUGAACUAAUGUUAUUCUUUUUAUUCUUUACAUUUCAAUGAAAAACUAUAAUUAUUUGCUAUAGAGAAUGUAACUACGUUACACAUGGAAGCCCAAUCUCCCAAUCCCAAUC